UUAAACUAGGGCACCGUUUAGCAAAACUCCAAAAUCGAGGAUCUUGUUUUCUCGGACUCUUCACCGAGCGAGCGAGAGAGAAGAUUCAUUCAAAUCCGCCUCUUUCUCUCCCGUACGUCUGAAUUUACUUUACUGAGUCUGUAAACGUAUUCUUGUCCAUUACAUUUGUUUGGGGAAUGGAGGGAGGGUAUAAUCCGCGUACAGUGGAAGAGGUUUUUAGGGAUUUCAAAGGUCGCCGUGCCGGAAUCGUCAAAGCUCUUACCACCGAUGUUGAAGCCUUUUACCAGCUGUGUGACCCUGAAAAGGAGAAUUUGUGUUUGUAUGGUUUUCCAAGCGAGCAAUGGGAGGUGAAUUUGCCUGCGGAAGAGGUCCCACCAGAGCUCCCAGAACCAGCAUUGGGUAUUAACUUUGCUAGAGACGGAAUGCAAGAAAAAGAUUGGUUAUCUUUGGUUGCGGUUCAUAGUGAUGCUUGGUUGCUUUCUGUUGCCUUCUAUUUUGGUGCCAGAUUCGGGUUUGAUAAAGCUGACAGGAAGAGACUGUUCAACAUGAUAAACGAUCUGCCAACAAUCUUUGAGGUUGUAAGCGGCAGUGCGAAGAAAAACCAGAAGGAGAAAGGCGCCGUCUCGAAUAAUCACAGUAGCACCAAAUCCAAGUCAAACUCAAAAAUGCGGGACCCGGAAGGAAAGUACCCGAAGCAGCAGCCACGAGAAGCAGUAGCAAUGAAUGAUGAUGAAGAGGAGGAGGAUGACGAGGAUGAGCAUGGAGAAACCUUAUGUGGGGCCUGCGGUGCGAAUUAUGCAUCGGAUGAGUUCUGGAUUUGUUGCGACAUCUGUGAGAUAUGGUUUCAUGGUAAGUGUGUGAAAAUCACACCCGCGAAAGCUGAACACAUCAAGCAGUACAAGUGUCCUGCAUGCACCAACAAAAGAGCUCGCCCUUAGUUGUUAGCGCUGUCCGAUGUGGUCUUUUUACUGUGUACUUUUUCUAACUGGUUUGGUCGAAAGUACUGUUUAGCGUUGUUUCUAGAACUUUUGUUGCUUGCAUAUGAUAUUGUACCUCAGUUGCUGUAUAAUUUGAUCAGUAAUGCGGGUAAGAAUUUCCAUCCA